UCGUCCAAGGCGGGGAUUGGCCUUUAUCAAAUAGCUCGUUCAAUGGUCUCACAGCGUGAACAAGUGGAGAAUUCCUCUGAUAUUUUCCGGGCUCGCAUUUCCAGGAUCCCAUGAUGCCCGGAUCUGGAUUCGGCUCUACAACUUCAGGGAACAGUUCUUUCGUCCCUGAUGUCUCCUCUUGGAGCAAACAAGAGCAUCAGUCGACAGUCAUCCGAGAACACCAUUUUAUAAUUGGUUUCGAUGGCUUGCUCGAAAACGGUGAGCUACUCUUGGUACUAGGCCGUCCCCAGGAAGCUGCUGCUCUACCUUGCUUGAGAGCACACAAGAUCAAAUUCAAUGGACUCACACUCGAAAAGCAAAGCAAGAUGCAGUAUAAAGGGAUGUCAUUCGAGGACAUGCAGAAGUUCUACCCCGGGCAGAAGUGGUCUAUACCGCUGAGGUCGACCAACACCUGCCUCAUCUUACUCGGCGAAAUGCUAGAGUUUGUAACUUUCGUCAGAGCUCCACAUGCCCAAGUCUGGUAAAGAGCUAGGCAAGGAUGAAUGUCAACAUGGGAAGAGAGACGAGAGUGAGAGAAAAGAGGCCUUCAUACCGGGUGUCAUGAAGCCUUACGCUGACUCAAAUACUCUCAGUGGUCUAUUUCCUAUU